GCCCGGACCCUGUGAGGGGGAGUGAAGAGAUCGCAAGGCAGGCAGUCGGGACACCUGGAGAUCCUUCUGUCCGGCUCCAGACCGUCCUGGGGAGAGUCGCUCUGUUUUUCCAGGCCUCACCUAAUGCAGCCGGACAGAUGGGAUGAGUCACCAAGAGACAGAGCCGGGGGAGCUGACGAGCCCCUUCCUGCGGCUCCCUUCCCGCCUCUUCCCCCUUCACCCACCUCGCCGCCAUUUUGGAUGCCCACCCCCAUUUUGGAUGCUCGCCCCCGUGAAGCUGAGCCUCCCCGGCAUGGCGAGCCCGGCCCUGAGCCCGGACUCGUCUUCCCACGAGGCCCUCUCGGGCCCUGCCUGCUCUCCCACUUCGGACUCGGAGAACCUCAGCCCCGACGAGCUGGAGCUGUUGGCCAAGCUGGAGGAACAGAACCGACUCCUGGAGGCCGACUCCAAGUCUAUGCGCUCUAUGAACGGUUCCCGGCGCAACAGUGGCUCCUCGCUGGUGUCCAGCUCCUCGGCCUCCUCCAAUCUGAGCCACCUGGAGGAGGACACCUGGAUCCUCUGGGGCCGCAUUGUGAACGAGUGGGAUGAGUGGCGACGCAAGAAGGAGAAGCUGCUGAAGGAGCUGAUCCGGAAAGGCAUUCCCCACCACUUCCGGGCCAUCGUGUGGCAGCUCCUCUGCAGUGCCACCGACAUGCCCGUCAAGAACCAAUACUCGGAGCUGCUUAAGAUGUCAUCCCCCUGCGAGAAGCUGAUCCGCAGGGACAUUGCCCGCACCUACCCCGAGCAUGAGUUCUUCAAAGGGCAAGACAGCCUGGGUCAGGAGGUCCUCUUCAAUGUCAUGAAGGCAUACUCUCUGGUGGACAGGGAGGUGGGCUACUGCCAGGGCAGCGCCUUCAUCGUGGGUCUGCUGCUCAUGCAGAUGCCGGAGGAGGAGGCGUUCUGCGUAUUUGUGCGGCUUAUGCAGGAGUAUCGUCUGCGAGAGCUUUUCAAGCCCAGUAUGGCUGAGCUGGGACUCUGUAUUUACCAGUUUGAGUACAUGUUACAGGAGCAGCUUCCAGACUUAAACAUCCACUUCCGCUCGCAGAGUUUCCACACCUCCAUGUAUGCCUCGUCUUGGUUCCUCACCCUCUUCCUCACCACCUUUCCCCUGCCCAUCGCCACCCGGGUCUUUGACAUCUUUAUGUAUGAGGGUCUGGAGAUUGUGUUCCGUGUGGGCCUGGCCCUCCUCCAGGUGAACCAGAUGGAACUAAUGCAGCUGGACAUGGAGGGAAUGUCCCAGUACUUCCAGAAGGUGAUCCCACAUCAGUUUGACAGUUCUCCCGACAAGCUGAUCCUCAAGGCCUAUCAAGUCAAAUACAACUCCAAGAAGAUGAAACGGUUGGAGAAGGAGUAUGCGGCCAUCAAAAACAAAGAGAUGGAGGAGCAGAUUGAGAUCAAACGACUCCGAACAGAAAACCGGCUCCUGAAACAACGGAUUGAGACGCUGGAGAAGGAGAGUGCUGCUCUAGCUGAUAGAUUAAUCCAGGGCCAGGUCACCCGGGCCCAGGAAGCCGAAGAGAACUAUGUCAUCAAGAGGGAGCUGGCUGUGGUGAAGCAGCAGUGCAGCUCGGCUACGGAGAACCUCCAGAAGGCUCAGAGCACCAUCCGGCAGCUGCAGGAGCAGCAGGAUAAUCCCCGCCUCACGGAGGAGUUUGUGGCCCAUCUGGAGACGGAGCUGGAGCAGUCGCGCAUGCGGGAGACGGAGACCCUGAGCGCACUCCGCGAGAUGCAGGACAAGGUCCUGGACAUGGAGAAGAGGAAUAACUCACUGCCAGAUGAGAACAACGUGGCCCAUCUGCAAGAGGAGGUGAAGGCUCUGAAAUUGCGGGAGAGCGAGGCCGUAACCUCCCUGCGGGAGCUGAAGUUACAAGUGCAGGAGCUCACCGACAAUUGGCAGGCCCACCUCUCCCGAGGAGGGCGUUGGAAGGAGUCCCCGCGGAAGCUGGCCCUGGGAGACCUGCAGGAAGAGCUGAUGACCAUUCGGCUGCGGGAGGUGCAGGCCCUGGCCGAGGGGCGGGAGCUGCGACAGCACGUGGUGGAGCUGGAGACCCAGGACCAGAUCCACCGGAACCUCCUGAACCGGGUGGAGGUGGAGAACACGGGGCUUCAAGAGAAGGUUCAGUAUCUGGUGGCCCAGAACAAGGGGCUGCAGACCCAGCUGAGCGAGAGCAAGCGCAAGCACGCCGAGGCUGAGUGCAAGAGUAAGGAGGAGGUGAUGGCGGUGCGACUGAGGGAAGCGGACAGCAUGGCGGCCGUGGCGGAGAUGCGACAGCGCAUUGCCGAACUGGAGAUCCAGAGAGAAGAGGGGAUGAUCCAGGGGCAGCUCAACCAUUCAGAUUCCUCCCAAUACAUCCGUGAGCUCAAGGACCAGAUUGAUGAACUGAAGGCAGAGGUACGGUUGUUGAAGGGGCCACCCCAAUUUGAGGAGCCUCUGGCAUUCGACAGUCUCCACUUGGGACGGCAUCUGGAUGAGGACUCUCUGCCCUCCUCGGACGAGGAGGAGCUCCUGGGUGUGGGGGUCGGGGCAGCUUUGCAAGAUGCCCUGUACCCCCUCUCCCCCCGUGAUGCCCGCUUCUUCCGCCGCCUGGACCGCCCUGCCAAAGACAGCGAAGGCAGCACGGACAGCGAGGCGGAGGAACUGGUCCCGCCCUUUGAGCAGAACCUGGGCAACUGACGCCAUCCCCGAGAGCAGCCCCUGCCUCCGCCGGUGCCCCCGGAGCCGAUUUGGACUUCUCACGUGGCCCGACUCUCCCAGGCCCCCGUUUCUGGGUCUUCCUGGAGGGGCCGGGCCAACGGGCCGGGGGAGGGAAUGAUUCUAGGGGCCCCCAACCCCUUCCCUGCCUACACCCGAGAGCGUCGACUUUGAGUGUUGUCUACAUGGCCUACUGUUGAGGCCCGUUGUGGUUACUCCAUAUUUAAACUUGACUCCAUUGUGUGGCUUCCCUCCCCUUCCCCCCAACCCAUGGCCUCUCCUCCUAUCAAGCUCCCCCCGGCCCCCUAGGGGCUUCUCUCCCUCUUUUUCCGGACCAGAUUUGCUCCAGCUGAGUGCCCCCAAAGCCUUCAGGCUUUCCUUGGGGUGCUAGAGCCAGGCUCUCCCCAACAGCAGCAAUCCUGGGCUCUCCCUCCCCAUCCCCAUCAAUCUAUUUUAUUUUUCCAAAUUUUUAUUUAUCUAGUAGGGGGCUCUUUGGGUCCCCUUUCUGUCUCCUCCCCCCUCCCAGGGCCCAGAAAGUAACACUGCCGUUCCCAUCCCCGAAGGCGGGGUGGGGUGGGGGAGGAGAUCAGAGCUCCCAGCUGCCUCGUGGCUUUUUUGGUGCAGCUGCAGCAGAAGGUGGCUCCGGGGCAGCAGAAGGUCUGCUCUUCUCCCAGACCCACUGCCACCAAGCUGAUUCCUCCUCCUCCCCCUCCUCCUCCUCCUCCUCCUCCUCCUCCACAGGGCCUUCCCUCCAGCAUGGUGAGAAGGUCCCCAAGCGCACUUGUGUACACACACAGGCCCUGGGGGGAUGGGGUGGAGGAGCUGAGGGCUUCCUCCGACACCACUGUUACCUCCUGCUCUUCCCCCCAACCUCUAUCUCACCUAGUCCGGGGUCCUGUGACUUUCUCUUCCCUCCCACCCCAUUGCAGCUCCUGCCUCUGCUGGAGCCCCUGGGCACCUCGAGGAGCAACAGGACUGUCCAGGCUCCCUCUCCCUGGCCAAUUUGGGCACCGGCCUGCCAUUAGCAGCGUCCCAAGAGCUGCCCCCUCUCUCUCUGUCCAUGGGUUUCUUCCCACCAAGCUUCACUGUGCCAUAUUGCCAGCAGAAAAGGGCCAGAGGGUCCUGAGCCCUCCAAAUUGACUGUUCGACCAGCAGUCUGGGCCGCGCGCCACCGCCCCCCGUCCCCCCGGCUCCCGGGUCUACUCGGCUCAGCCAACCCAGACCCUUCACUUAGGGCCUUGCCCAUCUCCUGCAUAGAUUAGCGGGUGAAGAGCAGGGAGAAGAAGGGCAGCCCUGAAAGAGAAACUGGGAGCAUGCUGCAGGCUUACCGGCUCCUCCCCGGUUCCCUGGAGGGAUGUGUUUACAAAACGGUGCCCGUAGGCACACAAUGAAGAUGGUAACCACUGCUCACGCAGUGAGUAACCAAAUACUUUAGCUUUUUCAUCACCCCUCCCUCGACCCAGAGGCUAGAGGUCAAGGCCAGCUUCACCCCCACCCCCACCACCACGGCGCUUGAUUCUUGGCAUCCGGCCUCUCCCCCUGACCCAGCUAGGAGGGUCCUGGCCAGAAAGCCAUCCUCACUCCCCCCAGUUCUUCUUCCUUCCCCCAGCCACAUCAGUUCUGAGUUGUCACCGGUUGUUUGUAUUUAUUUGCCAAGUUGAGAGAUAUUUAUCAAGGUGCCAAAUUCUCUGUGCACAUUUUCCCCCAGUUUUCUCCACCUUGUUCUCUCUCCUCCCACCACCUCAGCUGCUGCUCAGCCCAAGGCCAGGCCUGCCACGUUGGUGCUCCCAGAGUUACCGCAUUCCCCACCAGUGACACCCCAAGCUGGCGGUCUGUUCCGGGCGCCAUUAGGGCACGCCCUGGGUUGGGCUUCUCUUUCCCCCGCCCUCACCCUACCUCCCGUGUCGGAGCCAGAAAAGAGCAAGAGGGUUGGAUCUGUUCCAGCCCAGGCUGGGGUUUCUCCUGUCCACUCUCCCUCCCCAGCCUCUGCUCUGUAACGUCAUUGUAACUGUGCGACCCCACACUCCCCGCCCCUCCGCCUCCCUGCCACCAUGUUUUCAGACUGUAUAAAUCCAUCUGUUUCCCCAACAAGGUUGGAAAGAAUAAUAAAACUUAUUUACACAGUC